GGUAUAAUAAGAGAGUGAAGGGUGGUAUAUAUAUAUAUACAUGGAGAGUACUGAAGGCAUCUCAACUUACAAGAGAUAAGAGUUCUUUCUUUUUCCUUUCGCUUUCCAGUUUUUGUCUCAGAGCAAGAAAAUGGAGGGGGCUAAUCUCAGACAACAGCUCAAGAACCACAUCCAGUCCAUGAAAGACCAGGGUAUAUUGGACGACCAUUUUGAUCAUGUCCAGAAGUUGCAAACCGAAGUCAAUCCUUGCUUUCUUUUGGAUAUCGUCACCGUUUUCUGCCAAGACGCAGAAAAUAGCAUAGCAGAACUGACAAAAUAUCUGGAUGAGCCCGCUGUAGACUAUGCCAAGGUGACUGCUUUUGUUCACCAGCUGAAGGGAAGUAGCUCGAGCGUCGGUGGUAAUCGAAUGGCCCUUGCCUGUCGUGAGCUUCGACGUGCUAGCGAGGACAACAAGAAGGAGGAGUGCCUCCAAGCCUUGGACAAGAUCAAUCGUGAAUACAACACUCUGCGCGACGGUCUCAAUGCCAUUUCUCAGAAAGUGAGGACAAUUCUCACAAAUGAGGGGGGGAGAAGGGGGCGACAGUAGAGAGCUGGUCUGCGCGCACUCAUUCAGUCGCAUCUACCGAAGAUGAAGGGUGUCCGUGUAAGGAAAUAAAGUUCACGAUGAUCAGUGAACAACUUGCUUUGUAAUCUUUGCUUUUGAACAUCAGUACUGCUCGUAUCAUCUCUUGUAUUUUGAAUAUCCAACUGCUUAAUAUGUUGUCAAUCGUUUGGCAAUUACAGAGGGUCUUCAUUAUUUGACUCACCCU